AUGGAGUCUGAAGAAGCGCAAAAGGCGCUCAACCUCGCGUUGAAGCACGACGGCAAUGGAGACACGGCGGCGGCCAUCAAGUGGGCGAAAAAGAGCAUCGCCAUCUACUCGACACCCUCCGCAGAGGCGCUCCUGAUCCGGCUCGAAAAGAGCGGAGCUUCGGGCUCGGCAGCCUCAUCGUCUUUUGCAAGCGCCUCGACGUCCAAAGAGGGCCUACGGGCCAGGAGCACCGCCUCGGCAAAUGGGUCGACAUCGGCCUCGACUCCCUCGAGUGCACCAAAGAGGGAGUACACCCAGGCCCACGUCGAGGUCGUCACGAAGGUCAAAAGGGCCGGCGGCGACUUUUACAAGGUGCUCGGGGUUGAGAAGACGGUCGACGAUGGAGGCAUCAAAAAGGCCUACAGAAAGCUUGCGCUGCAGCUGCACCCUGACAAGAACGGAGCUCCCGGGGCUGACGAGGCUUUCAAGACCGUUUCAAAGGCUUUCACGAUCCUCUCGGACAAGGACAAGCGAGCCGCGUAUGACCGGUUCGGAGGCGACCCAGACAACCGCUACUCUUCCGCAGGGGCAGCCGCCUCGGGUGCCGGGUCACGGUUCGGCGGAGGCGGCAUGCGCGGGACGCCGUUCAGAGGGGGCAUGUACGGCGACGAGAUUGACCCGCAGGAUCUGUUCAACAUGUUCUUUGGCGGAGGGAUGGGCAACGCUGGGUUCGGCGGCACCACGUUCACCUUUGGCGGCCCCGGUGGCCGGACGCAGUACUACCGACAGGCGAGGCCGGGCGGCACCCGCAACGCCCAGACGCCGCAGCCGCAAAAUGCCGGGAUCCUGCUCCAGAUCCUGCCGCUCAUCAUCCUGGGCCUGUUUUCGCUGUUGACGUACGCGCCGGCGCUCUUCUCGACACCGGAUCCCAACUUUGAGUGGCAGCCGACGGGGCUGUACCGGACGCAACGCAUGACGCCGCAGCACAAUGUGGCAUACUAUGUCAACGACCGCCAGUUCAACUCGCACCCGAUAGUCACGGGCGAAAAGAGCCGGGCGGAUCUGGCCAGUUUCGAGAACCGUGUCGAGUCGGCGUACAAGCAGGCAAUGUACGGCAGCUGCCAACGGGCGAGAGAGUGGCAAGAGAGGAGGCUGGCUUCGACAAGAGGGUUUAUGGGCAUCGGCAGCGAUCCCGAGGCGGCAAAGAGGAUCAAGAACGAGGUGAUAGACAGCUGCGAACGGCUCAAGGCUUUCGGCAUCCACAUGUAG